AUUAAGAGGUUUCGAAAUGACGAUAUACAAGAAUAAUGGUUGUGUUAUGCUCCUAAGAGUUAUGGUGGUGGCCUUGAUACCCAUGAUUGUAAUGGGUCAAAAUGGAACAAUCGAUGCGAGGAACCAGACAUCUACAAAACUAAGAAUUUUGAUUCCAGUAAGACCAGGGCUCACUAAAUUUGUAGCCAUCGAACGACAUCCUAUCACUGGGGUGCAAAACUUCAGUGGUUUUGCAAUCGAAGUUUUUGAAGAAAUCGUAAGUUUUGGACUUCCUUCUCCAGUUCCCUACGAGUUCAUCCCCUUCGCCAAUGCCGAUGGCGUAAUGAAUGGCACUUUCGAUGAUAUGCUCAAAGAGGUCUCCUCUCAGGGCUAUGAGGGCGCAGUGGGGGAGAUAUCGAUACUCCAUUACAGGACACCGUGGGUGGAUUUUACACUACCAUAUCUAGACAGUGAAAUAUCAAUGUUGAUUCGAAUGAAUCAGCAACCAAUCGGAAAGGGAGGAAUUGCAUUAGCAUCAGCCACUAAGUACAUUGUAGCUACUACACUUGCCUUUAGCUUUGUUGUUGCAAUCUCUUUCUGGAUUCUGGAAUACAGAACUGACAAGAAUGCUUCACAAUCUAAUGACACAAGCUCUUCCGUGCAAUCUACAGGGAUCGUGUACGACAAUUUGCGGAGAGAGAUCUUGAGAUCAAUAACACAAACAAGACUAGUGGUGAUUCUGUUUUUUAUGGUGAUGCUGGUGUUAUUGGGUUGUUAUACAGCAAGCCAGACAUCAUCAAUUACUGCACAACGUCGAGGUGGUGGUCGUAUCAAGAACAUAAACCAACUAAUUAGGAAUAAAUUAAAUGUGGGGCAUCGAGAAGGAUCAUUUGUAAGAAACUUGUUGAUCCAAAAAGGUAUUCAAGAGUCGAAGCUAAUAAGCCUUAAUUCAGAAGACGAAAUGACCGAGAAGUUAUCUAAAGGAACUGCAAAGGGUGGUGUUGAUGCUAUUUUUGGGGAUUCCCCUAAUCUGAAGCUUUUCCUUGCUAACCAUACGGACUAUUGUGAUCGAUUCACUAUCGUCCCUGAAGUCACUAUCGAUACAGUUGGAUUUGGAUUUGCCUUCAACAAAGAAUCUUCGUUAGCAAAAGAAUUUUCAGAAGGAUUAUUGAAAUUGAUAGACACCGGGAGAUUGGCAAGUAUCCAACAAAGGACUAUUGGUAGCUUGCAGACGUGUGCUGGUGAUGAUGAUGAUAUUGGAGACUCUAACCAGCAGCUUCUGGAUUCUGAUAGUCUAUGGAUCCUGAUUGCAGGGGCUGUUGCCGUGUUUUUUCUCAUGACUAUCAUCAUAUUAUUGUACUGUGGACUCAGACACAAUGGUAGGAAAAAGAAAGCAAUUGCCUACCCUUGCUAUCUGCUUCCAUGCUGCUAGAGUUUAGCCGCCGCCGUCUAAUCUAAAUGGACCACUUAUAUCGUUGCGUCUGUAUCAUGUGUUUUGCAUUUUUUGAGCCUGGGUGUCAAUAUUUUUCGAGUUCUUGAGAGACAAAUGAUAUACAAAUUAACUACGAGAGAGCGAGGUGUCGUUGAUUCAAUAUGAUUCUUCUUCUCACCUGCUUUAAAAGAAUUUCUACCUACAAUCUUCUGUUGUACUACAAUGGUUAGGUAUAACGUGUUACGUGUCCUAGAUAUAUAUAGUCCUGACAUGUCAAUCGAUCAAUAUUUCAACUUUUUUUUCCUUUGUGUAAUAAGGUAGAUUGUCUUCGUUCAGUGGAAGAUUACUAUUGUUUCGUGAUCCUUUGC